AGAGGGGAAAGCCAUGUGGAUACGUGUUUGCGGGUGAGUGUGAGUGUGUGUGUGUGUAAUUGGACGCUUAUAGACGGAUAUCAACCAAUCAAAUCUGAUAUAUUUACGUCUGGGACUUACUUUUAACGUCACUUUCCGAAAGACAUGUCUCGGUUUCAAAGUGGGGUCAAUCAGAGUCAUUUUAUAUUUUAAGAAGAGGAGAGAGAAAGCUUACCACUGACGGUACCGCCAGGCCAACUCAAAUCUUCAACUCUAGAGGACAUCAGCUUCUUUCGUUCAUAUCUACCAAUGAUAGCCAUAUAGCGAUUCCCUCAAUUUUAUGAUGCUAUAAAAUCAUUCAUUAAUUAUUUUUUUUUUAAAUUGAUAGCAAAUCUAAGCCUAGUAUGUAACUAGGCCUUCAAUCUUGAAAUAAUGUCAUGCACUUUGAAACUAAAGUUUGCCACUUUAUUUGUUGUUAUUCUGCAGCAAUGCCCUCCAACGUCCGCAUCGUAGAGGGCGCUUCACUGACCAAGGGGCGAAUCGAGAUCUUUGACCCUGUUGAUACAGGGGUGUGGGGCACCGUCUGCAGAAGCAGCGAAAUUAACACCAGGACGGGCGAGUUACUUGCGGAUCAACUCGGCCAGUAUGGCUUUGAUCGGUUCGGUAGCGACGGGGAGUUUCCAGAGAGCUUGUAUGUGGCGACAGUGAAGAAUCCGCAUUGUAACUCAAAAAGUCUCAAUAUCCUGAACUGCUUCGAGCAAGGAGGAACCUGUGACGUAACACAUGUUGGUAUCAAAUUCACAGAAAGUUCUUUGGGCCUUUGCGAAGGGACAGUUCUAGAAGACAGUGAGAGCCAAUGUUCCUGUCACAAGACAAUAACCAAAGCAUACAGCAACAGCUGUCUUGGCUACGGAACAGUUUGUUCACCGUCCUUCAUUUCGCACACCGGGGAUAUUGAUGUUUAUCUGUAUACACCUCCGAAUGAUGACCCCGUUGAGACCAAUGGAGAAACGACAACAGGAGACGUCAGGUCCCCUGUGUCUCCUACAUCCCAACGAGAAAUAACAGCUGAAGAAACUGCAUUUGCGGAAAGCAUCGUCGGAGAAACAACUUUAGGGGAGGUGACUUCUAAAGUAACGACGCUUUCUGAGACCACGAUUGGCGAAACAACCUCACCUGAGACAACGCUCGGAAAAACAACAGCUGAAGAAACAACGUUUGCGGAAAGCACUGUCAAAGAAACUAAUAUAGGGGAGGUAACCACUGAAGUAACAACGUUUUCUGAGACCACGAUUGGAGAAACAACCUCACCUGAGACAACGCCCGGAAAUUCAACAGCUGAAGAAACAACGUUUGCGGAGAGCACCGUCGAAGAAACGACUAUAGGGGAGGUAACCACUGAAGUAACAACGUUUUCUGAGACCACGAUUGGCGAAACAACCUCACCUGAGACAACGCCCGGAAAAACAACAGCUGAAGAAACAACGUUUGCGGAAAGCACUGUCAAAGAAACGACUAUAAGGGAGGUAGCCACUGAAGCAACAACCUUACCUGAAACCAUGCACGGAGAAACGACGUUAGCUGAAGUUACUGUCAGAGACACAACGGUGGGUGAAGUUAUAGCUGCAGAAACGACUUUGGCUGAAGUAACUGUAAGAGAAACAACGGUAGGCGAAGUCAACGCUGCAGAAACUAUGACAGGGGAAGUUAUAGCUUCAGGAACGACGUUAGGGGAAGCUACCGCUACAGAACCGACAGCGGUCAACAAUGUCGCGGCUUGGAACACAGAAAUCGCUCCCUUCACUGAGGGAAUAGUUUUGCCAGGAACGGAUGUCACCGUGUUAUUUAGUGAAGCACUGACACCUGAAUUUCCAAGUGUCGGGUAUGGAUCGUCGGUCACAUUGUUGCCGCUCGCCACUGACUACGGAUUCAAUGGGAACCUGCAGUUGGCGACUACAAAGCACUGUGGUAGUUUGGAUUGUCCAAAGAACCUUCAGUACAGUGACCGUGCCGAACCCGUGGACCUCAGGAGCGCGUCCAUAUCGGCUUCCACUUCGAAAGCGAUUUACAACCCCGAAAAGGCCUUCUUACAACAGCUCAUCGCUGAUCCUCUGGACCUCGACUACCUGCUCGACAACAUCUUGGGUGACUACGAAGACUUUAACGGAUGGCGUGCGAAAGAUGACGAUGUCAACCAGCCUUACAUCCGUGUGGACUUCGACAGGACCGUGACCGUCCAGGGCGUUAUCAUUCUAGGAGGGCAGGAAUCUUCAGCGCGUGUGACGUCUUUGAAGAUCGCGUAUACCGACACGCGGGAAACGGCAUGGAAGUACUACCACGAGGACAGCUCUACCGAGUCUGUGGUUUUUGGACUGGACUAUACGCCUGGUUAUGCUAUGCUAAUGUUUAAUCAAUGGCAUGAAGCAAGAGGCCUAAUACUUCUGCCACAGACAUGGAAGGGAGAAAUAUGGAUGCGAAUCUUCGUUCUAGGAGCAACUUACGAAGGUGGUGCAGUACCGUUGGGUAUGCAAAGCGGUGAGAUCGCGAGCGCCCAAAUUUCGGCUAGCUCUUACCUCGAUGAGGCCCAUGCUCCCGGGGAGGGGCGUUUUAACGGUCCCUCUGCUUGGUGUGCCGCCCCUGCUGAAAGCAAACCCUGGAUAAAAAUUGACCUUUUGACCCAUGCUCACAUCGACAAGUUCGUCGUCCAUGGGCUCGUCAACACGCCCGUUGAUUACCCGGCGGCGUCGGGCUCGUACCCGACGGAGUUAAAGUUUAAAACGAGCGUGGUAGAUGACUUCUAUUCUUACGUGGACGUAGAGCUACAGGGAAACAGUGCAAAUAGUGCAGAAGAUGUACAAGAAUAUAUAACAACGUGGGAUCCUGUCGCCCGGUAUAUCCGGAUCAAGAUAUUAUCAUCAAAUACCGCUUUCAAUUGCCUCCGAGUCGAGAUAUACGGCUACAUGAACUUCGAGAAAUGGCCAGAUUUUAACAGUACCCAUUUAGACGAUCAUAUUGAAUAUGCGACCGAUGAAGAUAUUCACCUUGAAUGCAGCUGUUUUACGAACCCUCCAAUAGAGACCUAUAAAGAAGACUACUACUUCUUCCUAAGCGGGACUGAAAUCUCUAACACGUUCUGUCCGGGACAUACCAGGCAGUGGGACACUUCCGCCGUGACACCUUCAUCAGCCUGGCCUGAAACGGGCAGUGGACUCUCGCCCGUCACUGAGAGCGCAACCACCGGGUUUAUCUUCACCGACAUUUUCAGCGUAGAUAUUACGUCGCCGGCUGCCCAUGGUAUGACGUCAUCGUCUUCGUCAUCAUGGCUGUGUCCUGAUGUUCCCCCAGACAUGGUGUUCACAUCCACCGUCAUCUAUCGUGAAGCCUUGACCAUACGUGGAGGUCAUGUGAAGUUGAACUACUUUCUUCGCGGGGACGACCGGACGAGUUGGACGCUUAUCAUGAGGGUCUGGACGGAGAUCACAUCCGGUUCAUGGGCCCACGAAGACGAGGUCAUAGCCGAGGUUCAUGGCUCACCCGGCGGUGGUUCGCCAGGGGAAUGGAGAGAGUUCCACCAUGAACGUCAAUUUAGCGAGAAAUAUCAGCUAAUUGCAGUGUUCACAAUCGUCGCAGAUGGUUACUCCAUGGUGGCCAUUGAGGCAGAUAGUUUCCACUUGGUCUCAGAUAGUUUUAUAGGUGCGAAAGAAACCAAUUUGGGGAUGCAGAACUUGAACAUCUUAGACCGUCAGAUUGCGUCAUCCAGCGAACGCGAUCCUAACACCUCGGCCAUAUCUGCACGCCUGUUCGACGGUACUGGCUGGUGCCCCGAUGGAAAUGACGUGGACCCUUGGAUUCAGCGGAGUCAGCUUAAGGAGGAAAUCUAG